CUAUCGAUAAGCGAGUUAUACAAACAGACCUCGUGUUACACGUGCACAUGCGUGCGAAAUCGGAGAUUAUGGUAUUUAAAAAUGGCGUACCAAGCUCGAGUGUGUGAAGGAGCUUAGGUUAGGAAAAUAGAGAGUGGAAAAGAAGUGUUCCUUUUUGUAUUUGAAUAAUGUCCAUGCUUAGUACAACAAUGAGGCGAUUGUUUAAGACGACCGGACUCACGGUGCGGACUUACGCGGAAUUUUGCCGCGCCAUGUGGCUGAGGGGCAUAAAGAGCGCCGCAAAGCAAAGCUAUACGAAAACCGUUUUGCUACCGCAAACCAAUUUCCCGGCGCGACUCGGCGGCAGUAAACGGGCGGAGAUGGACAGUUAUUUAAUAGAGAAAUGUGGCUUCUUGGAAUUAUACAACUGGCAGAGACAAAAUCUUGAGGGACCAGAUUUUGUCUUACACGAUGGACCGCCAUAUGCGAAUGGAGAACCGCACAUGGGUCAUGCUAUUAACAAGGUCCUUAAGGAUAUCACACUAAGAAGCAAGAUUAUAAUGGGCAGAAAAGUGCAUUAUGUCCCGGGUUGGGAUUGUCAUGGCUUACCAAUUGAGCAAAAAGUGCUUAGUGACACGAAAAUCGACAGUCCCUUGGAGAUUCGCCGCAAAGCUAAAAGAUAUGCAAGUGACGCUAUAGCGAAACAACGACAAGCUUUUACAUCAUGGGGCAUUAUGGCUGAUUGGAAUGAAUCGGGUUGUUAUUUUACAAAUCACAUCUUGUACGUAAAAAACCAAAUGCAACAAUUUAUAAAUUUAUAUGACAAAGGCCUCGUGUUCAGAGCCUUCAAACCUGUAUACUGGUCACCAUCUUCCAGAACAGCAUUAGCAGAAUCGGAGUUGGAGUAUAACGAGUCUCAUGAGAGCAAAAGUGUUAUUAUUCGCAUGCAACUCGACACGAAUACAUUAACCUUAAAAUUAAAGGAUUUUGCAAACAAGCCACUCUAUGCCCUUAUCUGGACCACUACACCGUGGUCACUGAUAGCUAAUCAAGCUAUAGCUUUCUCGAAUGACGUUUCGUACUGCAUCGUGCAAGAUAAUUCAAAAAAUUGGUAUAUUCUUGCUCAAGCGUGCUUAGCAACUAUCGAGCAGAAACUCGGGCCGUUAAAACUAAUUACAACUAUUAUGGGACAGGAAUUGGGUGAAGUUAAGUACCUUCAUCCUAUUACAAAACAAUGUUUACCAUUCCUACCUGGACAUCACGUUACAACCGAUGUUGGUACUGGAUUAGUUCACACAGCACCCGCGCACGGUCCCGAAGACUUUCUCAUCGCGAUUGAGAAUAAUAUAUCAAUACUGUCUUUGAUAGAUGACGACGGACAUUUCACCAAAGAAGCGGGCGACGAAUUCUCUGGCUUGGAUGUCUUAAACGAUGGCGCUGAUAAAGUCUUGCAACAUAUCGGUGAAGACGUAUUACACACCGACAUGAUUACGCACAGCUACCCAUAUGAUUGGCGAACCAAGAAACCCGUGAUCAUCCGCGCGAGUCAUCAAUGGUUCAUAGAUCUAAAGUCUAUCAAGGAAAAGGCGAUUGACAGCAUCGCUAAUAUAAGGAUAUACCCGGAACAAAAUCGGACGUCGUAUUUGAAUGCAUUGAUCGCUCAAGUUAAGCAGCGGCCGUACUGGUGUAUUUCCCGACAACGGGCCUGGGGAACGCCGAUACCGGUAUUGCACAAUAAACAAACUGGUGAUACGUACACGAGCAGAAAAUGGGUCGAAAGAUUGUGCAGGCUGCUGGAGCGACACGGUACAGAUUAUUGGUGGGAGCUACCGAUCGAGAAAUUAAUUGGUCGCGAACUUCGACAGGAACUGAACAACAAUAUAGGCGAUUUGGAAAGGGGAAUUGAUAUCAUGGAUAUAUGGUUGGAUAGCGGUCUCUCGUGGUCGGCCGUUUUGCCUGAACAUAAAGCAGAUUUGUAUUUAGAGGGAAUGGAUCAAUUUCGUGGUUGGUUUCAGUCAUCAUUACUAACAUCCAUUGCUCUUCAAGAACGUGCUCCCUACAGCGCAUUAUUCGUGCACGGAUUUGCUGUAGACGAUAAAGCCUCGAAAAUGUCGAAGUCAGUUGGAAACGUCAUAAAUCCCGAGAUAAUUACCAAAGGCGGAAAAAAUUUAAAUAAUAAUCCGGCGUAUGGCGUUGAUACUCUAAGAUGGUGGGUAGCUAGUCACGGAUGCCAACAUAGCCAGGUUCCGGUCACAACUACAUUGUUGAACGAAAGUCACGAAACUGUACAAAAAUUGCGUUUAGUCUUACGAUUUCUAUUAGGCGUUUUACAUUCGUAUAGCGAAGGAGUAACAGUCGAACCCGAAUAUCUCUACCUUGACAAAUACAUGCUACAUGCAUUGCACCAGUAUAACAAAAAUAUUCAAAACUUUUAUGACAAUUAUUUGUAUCACCACGCGUGUAAAUUGGUGACGAAUUUUCUGGCGAACACCGUGUCGCCGAUAUAUUGCCAUUUGAUUAAAGAUAGACUUUACUGCGACGAAGCAGCAUCCCCCACGCGUCUUGCUGCGGUAGAAGUGACGCGUGGAAUUCUGACUAUACUUGCGAGAUCUAUCGCGCCGAUUGUUCCUCAUUUAGCGGAGGAAGUAUGGCUAUACCAUCCUGAAAAUUUGGCUUCAGUGCCGUUGUAUCAUACUGAAUAUAAAGUACCGGAAGCUUGGCAUCAACCGGAAAUUGCUAAGCAUGUAGAGACAGCUCUAACUCUGAGAAGCAAAGUGAAUACAGUGGCUGAUCGUAACACAUGGGAAUUGUCGGGCAUCGUGAAGGCUUCAAAAGACGAUUAUGAAUCACUUUCAAUGCUUCAAAAGGAUCAGGAAUCCUCUACGUCGGAAUUAUGCGAAAUUUUGCAACUUUCGUCAAUUACGUUAGUAGAAUCACCCACAGUAACCGAAACGCAAAUUGAGUUACAUAACACUGAAAAAAUGCUCUGCCAAAGGUGUAGGAGGCAUCCUGAAUUAGAUAAAAAUGGUCUUUGCAGUCGUUGCAUCAAAGUACUCGAUGUGGCAAAUGUAUCAUCUAUAUCUAUGUAGAGUGUGGUUGACUAUUUCUUAAUUAUCGUUUUUGCUAAAUAAAUAUAAAAGACAAACUUUUUUC